CAAAACAGUUCACUUGGCUAUAACGUCUCUACGUUCAGCCUAGCCGAAUUAUGACGUGAUUUAUCUUUCAUCGAGAGAAACAUUAUUGAACAUUUCAUGUAAUCUGUGUACCUUUUUUGUGAUAAUUAAAUAUAUAUAUAGCUAUAUACACACAUAGUUAAAUAACAUAAAAAAACGAAUAUUUACUUAAUCUUAAAAUACUUUCGUCCUCAAACUUGUGGAUUUUUACUAACCGCUGGAUUACAUUAUCAGUUGCAGAGCACCUAAAGGAAUAACUUGCAAAAGAAUAUUUUUUUGGAGAGCAAAAAGUCAAAUAUUCCCGACCCACGAUCCACAAGUCACUAAAGCAACAACGAUAGAAACUAUAGCCAUGGCAGUGAAAGCGGCAGCAGCAGCGACAGCAACAACAACAAAAAUUAUGCAAAGAAAUAAAAAAGUUGCUAAAUAAAAAAAAAAACAAAAAUCAAUUGACUUGGCAGAAAUAAAAAUAAAUACAACAAUAAAAACACUAAACACACUCAAAGCCAAGACAGUGCCCUGUAUAGUUGGGAAUUAGCGCCGUGGGGGGUGCGACGCUUUUUAUCAACAACCCAAAAUUUGUUGCGUGGAUUUUGAAAUUUAGUUGGCAAUGCAUAAAAAUUAUAGGCGGAUCUAGAUACUCCGUGUGAAGUUGAGAUUAGAACAACAGCAAUAAAGAACAGCGAAGUUUACUGCAAUCCCCGAAAUAUGCAUAGUUUAAGGAAGUGACAGAGUGGUUGGAGGUGUGAAGUUAUAAUCUAGUGAAGCAAAGUAAAGAAAGCAGUUUUUCUCACAGAUUCCAAAAGUAAGCACACGUAAGCACAAGUACAAAACAAAAACGAAAAAAAACAACAAUUGAAAAUAAGGUAGCAAAAGCGCGUUUAGCAACAACAACAACUUGCACGUACAUACUGUCCGAAUAAAGUUUCAAUAAAGUACCGUACUAACAACAACAACCACAACAAUAAUAACAGUAAGACUAAAAAACGUAUCCGUAGGCGCAGCAUCAAUAUCUGUUAGCAGAAAUUAUGAAGGGCUUGACUGCGUUUAAAGAGAAGGCAACGGGCGUUUUUGGUGGCAUAAAACCAAAUUUCGAAAAAUUUGAAAUCUCCAAAGGCUAUCAUGGCGGUCUUGGUGGUUAUGAAGAAAUGGAAGGUGGCGAUCGUCCCGGUGAUGGACCUGGCGGUGGGCACAGAUAUGACGAUGACAGACCAGAUUCUCCAGCUUCGUUCGAGGAGAUUGAACGUCCACCAUUACGUAAAAUAGACAAAUACUUCAAGGCCGAGUGUCCAUGCCUGCCGGCGCGUUACACAAUUGCCGUCAUGGCUUGCGUUGGCUUCAUGAUAUCCUUCGGCAUGCGUUGCAAUAUGUCAGCAGCCAAACUGAAAGGCGAACACAAUGGUACUGUUUUCAUGAACUGGACCGUUGCAGUAGAGAGUCAUGUGGACAGCAGCUUUUUCUGGGGUUAUUUGAUAACGCAAAUUCCAGGCGGUUUUAUUGCAUCCAAGUUCCCAGCUAAUAAAAUUUUCGGUUUGUCAAUUGUCAGCUCAGCAUCACUGCAUCUCUUCGUGCCAUUUGCAAUGACCCUGAUGCAUGGACAUGUCGUAAUUUGCGUGCGAGUACUGCAAGGACUCUUCGAGGGUGUCACGUAUCCUGCCUGUCAUGGUAUCUGGCGUUUUUGGGCACCACCCAUGGAGCGGUCACGACUUGCUACUUUGGCAUUCAGCGGUUCUUAUGCGGGCGUUGUGGUUGGUUUGCCGUUGUCUGGUCUAUUGGCUGAUGCCAUAGGAUAUCAGGCACCAUUCUACGCCUAUGGCAUAUUUGGCAUUACAUGGUAUAUGUUUUGGCUUUGGCUUUGCUUUGAGAAUCCGCGCAAGCAUCCUGCUAUCAGUGUACCUGAACUCAAGUAUAUUGAAAAAUCACUUGGCGAAACAUCAGUACAACCGUCUAUGCCCUCGCUAACGACUACGCCUUGGCGUGAAAUGAUGCGUUCCAUGCCCGUCUACGCGAUUAUCGUUGCCAAUUUUUGUCGUUCCUGGAACUUUUAUUUGCUUGUUUUAUUUCAGUCCUCAUUUUUGAAACACAAAUUUGGAUUUAAAGUUGAAGAGGCUGGAUUUGUUGGAUCAUUACCACAUUUAAUAAUGACAACUAUUGUACCUUUCGGCGGUAUGUUGGCCGAUCAUUUACGUAAGAAUGGCAUUAUGUCUACCACCAAUGUACGCAAAUUAUUUAACUGCGGUGGUUUUGGUAUGGAAGGCCUCUUCUUUCUAUUUGUUGCACACGCAGACACAUCGACUGGAGCUAUGGCUGCUUUGACUUGUGGUGUAGCAUUUAGCGGUUUUGCCAUUUCUGGAUACAAUGUCAAUCAUCUGGACAUAGCACCACGUUAUGCUAGUAUACUUAUGGGUCUUUCGAAUGGUAUUGGCACAUUAGCGGGUAUAAUUGUACCGUAUGCUUUGGAUGGACUUAUACAAAAAGAUCCUCAUGGUUGUUGGACUACCGUCUUCACAUUAGCAGCUUGUGUGCAUUUGAUUGGCUGCACUUUCUAUGGUAUAUUUGCCUCAGGUGAGUUACAGCCUUGGGCGGAACCACCGCAAGAAGAAAAACACGUGUGGUCACCACCUGCUGCGGCUAUAAAUGAGGACACUGGCAAUCAAAUUGGUUACAUGAAGGAAACUGCUUUUGGUGAACCUCAGUACACUGAGCAAAGUCAAAUGCAACAAUCAAAUGCCAUUAAUUAUGGCGCGACAGGACACGUGGCCAAUAAUCCUUUUGCAUUGACAACAACAACAAUCGCCGAAGAAAGUAUACAACCGGAAAUGGUUAAUGAUAGUUAUGCCUACGAUUAUUCACAACAACACCAACAACAAUAUCAACAACAACAGCAACAACAACAAUAACCAUUAACAGCAACAACGCCGAUGAUGACAAUGCCAUCGUCCACACAUGAGGAACAAAACCAGUAAAAUUAAAAAAGUUAAGAUACAUAUAACUAAGGAUACGAAUAUAACAGUCAGAUAUACACAAAUACACACAUCCACACACACACGACAUAAAAAAUUGGUAGCAGGAUGAUAUACCUUGCUAUCGAUGGAUUGCUUUAAUGGAACAGCUAAACAAAGCACAAUAUAAUUAUUAUGCAUUUGGUUAAAUUGUUAUUCAAAAAAUAGAAAACCAUAUGUAAUGGUUAAAGUUACCUUAAAGGUCUCAUAUCUUCAAGACCUGUAAUACAUAAAGUACGAAUUCCACAAAAGUUCUUAAAAUAACGUCAGUUAUUGA